AUGACGCAGAAGAAGAUGGCUCCAGGUGAAAGCAAGAGUGCAUCGCCGUUUAUUCCGCGCCUCUUUGCAGCCGCCAAGAAAUCGUGGUCGCCUCCGAACAGAACGCCACAGUCUCCACGUGGAUUGCGCGACGAGGGGCCGGUCACCUACUCCAAGCGGGUGGUUUGCGCAGUCGUUUUCGCCGCUGCAGCCGUCAUCGUCGUUGCCGUGGUAACCAUCUUCUACGUCUCCGCGGUGAUCGCCCGGAUGUUCGCAGGAAACGGUGAGCGAUCGGAGGAACGCUUAAGUCUCUCGUGUCGCACCGAAGGCUGUUCCCGGUUCGAGGCGCUGCUCGUGGACACCCUCAACGCCAGCGUCGACCCGUGCCACGACUUCAAGGCGUACGUCAGCUCGCGCUGGCUCCCCGACCCGUCCAAGGAGCUGGAUGAACACUGGCGUUACGAGUGGGACGUGAAAUACGCCUGGGGUCGCAUGGUGGUAGACGAGAUACGACUGCACCGCCAUACGUCGCCGCUGGAACGCCUCAUAUCCGAUUCCUUCGAAGCAUGUGCGCACAGGGCCACGGAGAACGCGGCCGAGACGCGCCGGAAGUUCAAGCAGCUGAUGCGCGACCUCGGCAUUCCUUGGCCCGAAAAGCCGCCCGCCGACGUGGACCCGUUUGAAGCUCACCUCAACCUGAGCAUCCGCUGGAACAUACCACUCUGGUUCGAUGUCAAGAUGCUUCCGCCGCUCGCCGACACCUCAAGAGGUCGCAAGGUGAUCUACAUCUAUCCGAGUGCAUACGCCAAAUUCUGGAAAGGUCAGUACCUCGUCAUGACCAGCCAGGCCACGAUUCUCCGAUACUUGGACCAGUACUUGGCCUAUUUUCGCCCCGACUCGACUCGGAAUGCCAGCGGCGAGGGGGCCACCGAACUGUGCCCGUAUCGCGCUGUGUAUGAUCUAACCAGGCUCAUCGUCUUUCAGCUCGCCGAAGUCGUCACAAAGGACAAGUCUGUCAUGGUCUUUAAGCUCGACUCUCUAGCACAAGCGUUUGGUCUGAAAACAGAACGCCUCGUUUCAUUGAUGAGCAAGUACUUCCUUACCGAGAACUUCUCAUCUUUCGAACCAGAGGACACGGCCAUCGUGAAGGCGACGGGCACGUUGGACGUCGUCCGUCAAAUCAUCACGACGUCGGAUGCCUCGGCAUUGUUGAGCCACCUGGGUUGGUGGAUGCUGCAGGUCUACGCACCCGUAGCGGACAACCGCUUCUUCGUUCAGAAGUACGGAAGCGUUGAGAAGGCCGAGCUGCUGCGCCCGCUGUUCUGUGAGACCCAGGUCGAGACUUCCUUCAAGCUCCUGCUACUCGUCAAUCACAUGUCUCUCAACUUUCGCAGACGCGCUCAGCGAGACAUCCACGAACUCCUGACCAGCGUUCGAGAGGCUGUCGUGGCCGGGUGCGACAAGUCGGACUUGUCGGCCGACGUCAAGAAGUUGCUCGCCACUAAGCUGAAACGCUUGAGCGUCAACUUGUGGCCCAAACCGGAGUUCCAGUCUGUGUCUCUGCUCCAGCGCGUCUACUCGUUCAAGUACGCGAGCAAGAAGACCAUGCUGGACUACUGGAUCUCCGAGAGGCUCGGCAACGCGGCGCUCAUCGGUGGCAGCGCGUACUUCGAGGACAAGCGGCUGCCGCAUGGCAACUCGAAGGACCCGUUCUCUUACGACAGCAUAUUGGACACCGUCAGUUUGUCGAUGGUCGCCGUGCACGAGCCGUUUUACUACAUCCACGACGAGGCUUUCGGUGCGAUUAACUACGGUGGUCUGGGCGCAGGCUUCGCGAAUGUCCUCUUGGAAGGCCUCGAAAACGACCCCGCGUUGCGUCACGCCGUGGCUGGUGACGCAUCGAACCGCGCUAACGACGGAAACGACACCGCACCCUGGGGUUCUGCGACCAGCAGCAAUACUACUGGUUCGCAGCGGCCUGAGCUCGGUCUAGUCGGCCCAGCCUUUCUGCCGGCAUUUCGCGCGUUCCAGGCGAAGAUGCAUGGCAAGGGCCUUGUUAACGCGGGCCCAUUCUCGCCGGCGAAAGUUUUCUUCGUCAACUUCUGCCACAGUCAGACGCGCAUGUCGGCCAGCUUCGACUGCAAUGCAGCUCUGCGCGGAGUGGACGAUUUCGUCAGCGCGUUUCGUUGCAGACGUGGCAGCUAUAUGAAUCCUUGA